UCGUCAUUUGAAGAAAACAUGGCGGUGCCUGAGCGGCGGGUUCAGAGGUUGGAAGAUUGAUGUAACGUUUUUUCCUGCGUGCUAGAAGUUUUAUAGAAGCGUAAAAGCAAUCUUACUGUUAAAAAUAAUGGAAGGAAGAGACAGGGACGAUUUUGAAGGAGGAAAUGAACCUUGGGGCUUCACAAACUGGGAAAAGCAAUGCAUUGAACAGCUAGAGUCGCAACCCGACGUUGACGAGAGAUCCGCUAUUGAAAAAGAGCAAGCAUUGCAGCGGUUAAGGAAUUUGUUUCAAAAUGCAGCAACGGCCUGUGCCCAACUUUAUAAAGAACGUCACAAUCGCAACCAAACAUGUGAUCGCCUCUGGAGUCCUUUUCAAGACACUGCAAACACGAUAACUCUUCUGUACAAAGAUGGUGCUGAUGCCUUCAAGCGUGGUUUGGACUUGGGGUACCAGUCUGGAUAUCAAAAACGUAGUAAAGAUGUUCUUUCUUGGGCCAAGAAGAAAAAGAAAAUUAUCCUUCGUGAGGAACUGUUGUCUUAUUUGGCUGGCCGUUCACCACCCAGACGGACUCAUGAAGUGAGAAACACUUCAACUACAACUUUAGGGUCAAAUUCAAUGGUUUUGCCCUCUGGAAUGGACUCCGAUAUUGUUGACACUGGUGUACAGUGCUAUGGUGCACCUUUGGAUACCUUUGCUGUCCGACCAGAGCUUAACACAGCUGCUUUCUUUGCUGCUGCAGGGGGCCUAGGUUCUUAUCACAGUCCUCGUCGUAGAAGUCACUCUGAUGCAAACUAUGGUGAUACAGAAGUGAGAGAGGGAAGAAAGCGUUCCGCUUGUUCAACAGACAUAGUUAUGGAGUCUCCUUCGCACAAACGAAAUCGCUAUUUCUAAACAGAGUGUUAUAGAAACUCCAUUAAUUUUGUCGAAUGAAAAUAUGUAAGAUAGAUAUAAAAUGCUGUGAUGCUAAGAGAACAAACUUUCUUCUAUGUAAUUCUGUUUUGUUAAGCUUUUGGUACAGUUAGGUUUGUUAACUAAGCUGUACUCUGUUCCACAUGAAUGAUAAUAGUUAUAAAAAUAUAGUGUGAAAACCUUAUUGUCAA